CUUGGGGUACCCCACUAACCACUUCCUUCCACUCAGACAUUGCCCCAUUUAAUACUACUCUCUGUUUCCUAUCAGAAAGCCAUUCACUAAUCCAAUCAACUAACCUAACCUGUUCACAUUUUCGCUGGAUUCCCUGUUCCUAUAUGUGAAGCUGGUGCUCUCACUGAGCAGUACUUUAGUGACAGUGUUUUAUGCAUAAUGCUAAGGUUUUUGGACCUCGGGAUACAGAACAUUGACCAACAGGCAGGGCCGUUUCUAGGUUUGGGGGGGCCCUAGGCAAGAUGCUGUUUGGGGGGCCCUAGAUUUCAAUUUUUCGUCACACGAGCAUCUAACUCCAGAAUUUUCUGCUGAGAUUUUUCUCUCGACAAUUUUCUGCCAACCUUUUUUUUCUCGAGUUUGGUCACACAGGGUACCAAACUUCCUUGCCGAGUACUGUUGCAUUAUGGGAGAUAUCAGCUGAGCAGAAUCAAAACAAACAUGGAUCCUGACGUAGCAGCGCUCGCUCUGGGCAUUCUUCUGAAGAAGAAGCUAGAGAUGAAAAGAAGAAAGCGCCUGUGGACUCGGGAAUGGUUGGCUCAAAGACGAACCGAGAGUGUACUACAGGUUGCUUCGAGAAAUUAGCACCGAGGACUCAGACACGAUGAUGCAGUGGCUACGGUUGAACCAGGUUCAGUUCCAGACUUUAUUGGACCAGGUUACUCCACUCAUCAAGAAGCAGGACACAAAUAUGCGCUCGUAUGUGACACAUGCAGAACGCCUAAAGCUUACCUUGCGCUACUUAGCAACAGGUGAAACAUAUCGGUCGCUGUCCUGCCAGUUCCGAAUCAGCCACAACUUGAUUUUGUCCAUCGUCCCUGAGGUGUGCCAAGCAGUCUACAAAGUCCUGCAGCCAGCCUACGUCAAUCUUCCCAAGACUGCAGAAGAAUGGCUCAAGGUUGCAAGGGAUUUCUACACAUUGUGGGAUUUUCCCAACUGCUUAGGGGCACUUGACCGUAAAAGAAUUCUGAUUAGUAAACCUCCGAGCAGUGGAUCAGAGUUUUAUGAUUAUAAGGGGCACUUCAGUGUUAUCUUAAUGGCACUUGUAGAUGCAGACUACAAGUUCCAUUAUGUAGAUGUUGGUGCCUGUGGACGUGCAAGUGAUGGUGGUGUGUGGGACAAUUGUACACUAAAGGAGGCGGUAGAUUCUAAUCUCUUGCAAAUCCCUCAACCAGAAGUGCUUCCUUUCACAGAUAAGACCUGCCCCUAUGUAUUUGUUGGCGAUGAUGCCUUUCCAUAAAAAGAGUAUUUGAUGAAACCUUACCCUGGAAGGGAUCAGACACCUGACAAGAGAGCUUACAAUUAUCGCCUAUCUCGUGCUUGGAGAACCUCAGAAAAUGCAUUUGGAAUUCUGUCAGCUAGGUUUCAAGUAUUCAAGCAACCUAUAAAGACAUCACCAGAAAACACCACUCACACAGUUUUAUUACAUAGGGUGGAAUUAAAAGCUUUUCCUCUCAACUCCCCUCCUCUGACCGACCGUUCAGCCUCUUUCUCAUUGGCGAAAUGUUGUAUCUCUUUCUAUCUUUUAUCGCUAUUUUCAUGCUAACUGCUCUACUGAUCUUGCUAAGUGCAUGCCUCCCUUCCUCCUGCGGCCUUGCU